GGCGGGGCCUUCCUGCGGGACAGCACCGCCCCGACCGCCGCCGCCACCGUCGGGCCUAGGGGAGCGGUGUCCGCCAUCCGCCAGGAUGCUGCCCCAGCUGCCGCCCUGCUCCUGUGACACCUUCGUGGCGCUGCCGCCCGCCGCGGCGGGGGAUCGGGUGGUCUUCGGGAAGAACUCGGACCGGCCUGCGGACGAGGUGCAGGAGAUUGUGUUCUUCCCGGCUGCCUCCCACCCGCCCGGCGCCGUGCUGGAGUGCACGUACAUCCAAAUCGAUCAAGCGGAGCGGACCCACGCCGUGGUGCUGAGCCGCCCCGCCUGGCUCUGGGGGGCAGAGAUGGGCGCCAACGAGCACGGCGUCUGCAUCGGGAACGAAGCCGUCUGGGGGAGAGAGGAGAUCUGCGACGGUGAAGCUCUCCUCGGCAUGGACCUCGUCAGGCUUGGACUUGAGAGGGCAGACACAGCUGAGAAGGCUCUUACCGUCAUAGUUGAUUUGCUAGAAAAAUAUGGACAGGGAGGAAACUGUAUGGAGAGCCAAAUGGCAUUUACAUACCAUAACAGUUUUCUGAUAGCCGACAGAAAGGAAGCAUGGGUGCUGGAGACAUCAGGAAAAUACUGGGCAGCAGAAAAAAUAGAAGGAGGUGUACGGAAUAUUUCCAACCAGCUCUCUAUCACAACCAAGAUUGACAGAGAACACCCAGAAUUGAAGAACUAUGCCAAAAGCCAGGGUUGGUGGGAUGGGAAAAAGGAAUUUGAUUUUGCUGCCACAUAUUCUUACGUAAACACUGCCAGAAUGACCACAUCCAGAGGCCGAUAUUGUGAAGGCUACAAACUUCUGAACAAACACAAAGGAUCUAUCACUUCUGAAAUAAUGAUGGAAAUUCUUCGUGACAAAGAGAGUGGCAUUAAUAUGGAAGGUGGAUUUAUGACAACUGGAAGCAUGGUGUCUGUCCUGCCUCAGCAGGCUGAUCUCCCAUGUAUCCACUUCUUUACAGGAACUCCAGAUCCUGCGAGGUCUGUAUUCAAGCCUUUCAUUUUUGUGCCCAAUAUCACUCAGUUAUUAAAAACUAGCUCCCCUACAUUUGGCCAGGAUGAUCCAGUUAAGAAGCAACCACGUUUCCAGAAUAAGCCAGAUCGGAGACAUGAGCUUUAUAAGAAACAUGAACAUGCUGCUGUAGUUAUGGAAACUAUGGAGGGCAAAGGUAAAGAGAUGCUGAAAGAGAUACAGAAGUUGGAGAAACAGAAGAUAAGUGAAACUGAAUCAAUCCUGCAAAAUGGAUGUCUUGACAUUAACCAAAUGGUUAACCUUUUUUCACAGUCUGUAGAAGAAGAACUCAAAAUAUAUAGCUAAAAGUAGUAGUUGAAUCUGGAAAAGGUAAUUUUAAUGAUUAACUUUUCUAAUGAAGUGGCUCUACAGAUUACAUCUUAUUUUCAAUAUUCCAGUUUAUAUGGAUAGUUUUAAAGAUUUGGAUUCAUAUUGAGGCCAAACAGCUUUUAGUUGUAUGAAGCAAUGCUGAAAAGGCUCUUAAGAGCUUGGCAGUGGCUUUGUCUGUAAGGCAUAAAGCUUUUAGCAGAGAUUGAUUUUGCUGACAAACAGAUGCAAUGAGGAUGUAAUGGCUUGAUUCCACUGCUAAAAAACACUGUCUCUGAAUGAAGAACACAAAUGCAGAUUUGGGGAACUUUGUAGUAGUGUACACACACACACACAGCUUUUAAAGUAAAGAUAAAUGUAACAGAGUUUCACAUUGCCUGAAUUGAAAUGGCCAUGCUGAAGGACUCUGUAAAAUGUAGAUACCACGACUUGCACUGAAUAAAAAGCAAGUGAUACACAAGUCUAGUAAGACUGAUAUUCAGCUGUUUGAUAAGACCAUUCUAAGAUACAUUUCAUGUAUGAACCUUCUACUCCGUCAAUGUAAAAUGAGGCUAAGAGUUCAAGGUAGACAAACAUAAAUCAAAGCUACAAGUUUACCAUGAUUUGUUGUGAAAACUGGCCAUAUGAAAUUCAGGGCAAGCAUCCUGCAAGUUACCACAUAAUUUUCACUUCCUUGUCUAUUUUCCCCACCCUAAUACUGAAAAAUAAAUUAAUUUAUUUACAUA